AUGGCCUCUUCCUACACCGUAAGGGUCAAUGACCACGAGUUCCUGAGCGAGUCUGUCAUGGAUGAAAAGUCAGUCGUAUACUUCCGGCACAGCGAGCGGCUGAGCAAGAAAACGCACGGUCUGUCCUGCGCCCUGGCGGACGGCGAUCUCGAAGCCCUGGCGGCCCUGGGCCGCGACACUGAUGGGUUUCUCAAGCACGAACUCCGCGGACCCGCGUGGCUUGCGCUGCUCAAGUCGCGGCUGCCCUUUGACACCGCCAGUAGCAGCAAGAACGGGGGCGGUGAUCCACAUCGCGACGAGCACCAGAUUGCCCUGGACGUGAAGCGCUCCUUUGGCGAUAUCAAAGAUGACAAUGCCAAGGCUUUUUUGCGUCACGCUUUGGAGCGCACCAUCGUCAGGGUCCUCCGGGCGUUCCCGCAGCUCAGUUACUACCAGGGCUACCACGACGUCUGCGCCGUCUUCGUCCUGGUUUUCGCCCACGCCAGCGCCCCAGGUGUCGGACACAACCUCAGUGCCUCAACGAGCAGCACGGCUUCUGCAGAGGGUAUGGACGCGCCGCACGAUUCAGACGGUUCGGACAUCUCUGAAAGUCUCAGUUCGAGCUCCAUUUCCACAAAGCUUGCCGACGACUCGCUCCUGCUUGUCGACAGUGAGCAGCUCUUCGAAGCCGUGGUUAUUUUUACCCUGCUGUACUUGCGCGACUUCAUGAUGAACUCCCUUACCUUUACGAUCGACCAAUUGGCUCUCAUUCCACUCAUAGUCAAGCAAAAAGACUCUUACUUCUAUCGAACCUUCCAGCUUGACAAAAUUGAUCCCUUCUUCGCACUCUCCUCUAUUCUUACCUUAUUUUCACACGACCUGAGACCUCAAAGCGAUGAUGCGCCGAGCAUUGUAUUCCAAGUUUUUGACCUUGUCAUUUCCGCGAACUCUAUGAUGGUGCCCCUUGUUGCUUAUAGUUAUCUCCUGUUGGCCAAAAAGGAUGAUCUUCUGUUAAGGUACAAAGAGAAUAUCGAUAACUUCGACAAUAGCACCGAUCUGAUACACGGUGUAAUUCAGCAGGAAAUGAUUGCUGGGUCCAGCGUUCAGCUCUGGAACGACAUCCUUGAUGCAAGUAGGAAUUCUUCUCUCGAACUGCCCAGAGAGUCAAAGAAAAUCCUAAACAAAUACAGCGUGCUACUAACAAACUCUCGCGGGCCGAUACUGUUAGAGGAGGUUUUGACAUGGCUAUCCAGAGAAAUUUGCCUCAAUGAAUCUGUGGGAUCACGGAACGCCAGACUGGACAAUAAGAAGUCGCCGGUUCCCAAAUGGAGGCUGCUUGCGCAAGGUAGAGGCUCUAUCUUAGUAAAAUUCUCUCUCUUUAUUGGGGUGGCCGCAAUCUUAUUGAAGCUGUAUAUGCAGUCGCUUGAAGGGCAUCAAGGGCAUCGUCGCAUCGAGCUGUACUUUGACCAGAUAAAAUCUCUCAAGUUCCUAGGGCUUACUCAACCACGGAGAGUUUGGCUAGAUCCUCUGAAAACCUUGUUGAAGAUAGGCCGGACCUAG